CAAGUCAUUAUCAUCAACCCAGUGCCUGUUACGUUAUUAAUUAUUUUGAGUGUUUGGGCGGAAACGAACAUAUAUUAAGGUAUGCCGCGAGUUUCCACGUCGUCAUCCACGGCGGAGCUGGCGGAGAAGGUGUCGUGGUACUGCGCCCUGGCCGUGGCGCUACUGCUGCUUCUGAGCUUAUGCGGCGGCGAGACGGCGCCGGAGACAGUUCCCGAGGCGGCGGGGAAAGGGCGGUGCGACGAGAUUUACGUGGUGCGGGAAGGGGAGACGCUGCAGACGAUAAGCGAAAAGUGCGGAGAUCCAUUCAUCAUGGAGGAGAACCCACAUAUUCAUGACCCCGACGAUGUUUUCCCGGGAUUGGUCAUCAAGAUUACUCCUUUCUACAAUCUCUAGUUUGUUUAUUAUUAUCUCUCCAACACUACAAGAAUUUAUUUGGUCUGCAACGAAAAUCUGCUACGGACACAUAUCCGUAGCAGAUCUGCAACGAAUCUGCGACGGAGUAAUAUUUUCUGAAAAAGGAACACUAUCUGCGACGGAACUUUUGUUUUUGUCGCAGAUCUGCUACGGAAUAAAGUGAGGUAAACAUGUCGUGUAAUCUGCAACGGAAUCUGCAACGGACUUAUUUCCGUUGCAGAUAAUUAACUAAAAUCGGGUUAUCCUCUUUUAGAUCUGUAGACGAAAUCAGUUCACAGAUCCAGACAUCCAGACCCAGCAAUCUUCCGUCCACCCAACUUCGACCGACACAUCUCCUCCGCGGCUUUCCUAGACCGCCGGCCGCCGUCGCACGGUUUGUUAACG